AUGUCCCGCAUCCUCAAACUGCUCUCCUCAGCCCCAAUCGCCAACACCGGUUCCGUAGCCCGGGACCACCUAGCCAACGAACGAACCUUUCUCGCCUGGACACGUACCGGCCUCGGAUUUGUUGCUCUCGGCGUAGCACUUGCUAAACUCGAUGCUUUGGAAGCCUUGGCCCCAGCACUCAAACCCGAUCACGGGGAUCUGAAAAUACAAUCUGCUGCGUUGGUUGGAAGCGGUACGGGGUGUUUGAGUUAUGGGACCAUGAGGUAUUUUUCUAGUUUGAGGUUGUUGAAGAAGGGCUUGUUCAGACCGAAUAUUGCUGGUAUUGCACUUGUGGCUGCGACGAGUGGUGCGGUUGCUGGGGGUGGGAUUUUGAUGGUUGUUAGGACGGAGAAGGAGAGGUGA